AUGCAUGAGAUUCUCUUUUUUCUCCUCAGCCACUGUUCUCGCAUAUGAUGAAUAAGAACAGCAGACUACACACUAAUUCUAACAUAAGGAUCACCUUUUACUUGGAAAUUGGCAUUGGGAUCUCAGGCAACAGUUUCCUUCUUCUUUUCCAUACCCUCAAGUUCAUUAAUGGGCACAGGCCCCGACUCACUGAUCUGCCCAUUGGUUUCCUGUCCCUAAUCCACCUAUUGACACUACUUGUUGUGGUAUUCAUAACGACUGACAGUUUUAUUUUGAGGACUGGGUGGGAUGAUAUCAUAUGUAAAUUUCUUCUCUACCUGUACAGAGUUUUGAGGGGUCUCUCCCUUUGUAACACCAGCGUGUUGAGUGUCCUCCAGGCCAUCAUCCUCAGUCCCAGAAGCUCCUGUUUAGCAAAGUUGAAGCACAGAUCUCCCUAUCAUAUCUCAUGCUCCAUUAUGUUCCUGGGUGUCCUUCAUAUGUUAAUUAGCAGUCACCUCUUGGUAUCCAUCGUCGCCACCACAAAUUUGACCAGGAAUGACUGUAUUUAUGUUACUGAGUCCUGCUGUAUUUUACACUUGAGUUACUUCAUGCAGAGCAUGUUUUCUACACUGAUAGCCAUCAGGGAAGUCUUUCUUAUUAGUCUCAUGGCCCUCUCGACUUGCUACAUGGUGGCUCUUUUGUGCAGGCACAAGAAACAGGCCCAGAAUCUACAAGGUACCUGCCAUUCCCUUAAAACAUCUCCAGAGCAAAGGGCCACCCAGACCAUCCUGAUGCUCAUGAGCUUUUUUGUGCUGAUGUGCAUAUUCGACAGCAUUGUGUCCAGCCCAACAACUAUGUUCCUGAAUGAUCCAACAUCUUACUCUAUUCAAAUCUUUGUGGUGCACAUCUAUGCCACAGUCAGCCCUUUUGUGUUUAUGAGCAGUGAAAAGCAAAUAGUGAACUUUUUGAGGUCCAUGUGUGAAAGGAAUAUAAAUGUUUGA